GCAAGCCCUCAGAACCCACCCUGGUAAGUGACAGCACAUAUGUUCCUGCCCACUUGUUUCCAGCUUUGCGCUGACUUGAUUACUUUUGCAGACAAGGUCUCCGGUUCCGAUGCAGAGAAGGAAGCUGCAAAGGAAAAGUUCCAACAAGUCGCCCUGGCAUAUGCCGUCCUCAGCGAUUCAGCGCGACGGAAGCGCUACGAUGCGACGGGCGACACCUCCGAGACUCUCAGGGGCUCCGACUUCUCCUGGACCGACUUCUACGCCGAGCAGUUCCGCGACGCCGUCUCUGAAGAUGCUAUCAAGAAGUUUGCAGACCAAUACAAGAACUCAGAUGAGGAGAAGGAUGACAUACUGGUCGCCUACGAGAAGCACAAGGGCAACAUGGACAGAAUUUACGAGGAGGUCAUGCUUAGCAAUGUCCUCGAGGACGAUGAGCGUUUCCGCGGCAUCAUAGACGAGGCCGUUGCCAGCAAGGAUGUCAAGGCUUUCAAGGCCUACACCAACGAGAGCAAGAAGUCAAAGGACGCGCGCAUCAAGGCUGCCAAGGGCGAGGCUGCCGAGGCCGAAGAAUACGCCAAGGAGCUUGGAGUUCACGACAAGUUAUUCAAGAACAAGAAGGGCAAGAAGAGCAAGAAAGAUGACGACUCCGACCUUGCGGCUCUGAUAUUGGGUCGUCAAAAGUCGCGAGCUGGGUUUUUCGACAACCUCGAAGCCAAGUAUGGUGGAGGCGAAUUGCCAGGCAUGCCGUCGGAACAAGAAUUCCAGGCUGCAUCCAGAAAACUCGGCAAGCGAAAGUCGCCCGCCGAUGACACCCCAAAACCUGGCAAGAGUGGGCGCAGUAAGAAAGCAAGGAAGUGAUACUCCGACACUUAUGAGUGUAUAGAUUGGGAGCAUGGCGUCUUAGGAGUUCUGGCCGGCAAGUACAGGUCACAAUAGGGUUCUGCGAUGAUUUGGCGUGUUAGUUUGCCAUAAGUGCACGAUUGAAACAAAUGGAACCAGGCCAUUCCACGGCAUGGAAUUAAUGACAAUUUCCCACCACA